AUGGAGGAGAUACAGGAGGUGGCGGAGGAGGUCUCUACUCCAGUGCCCCAGGAUCUCGAGGAUGUCGUCGUCCCGAUUUCCCCAGAACCACAUAAGUCGCCCGCGGAUGCGGAGACGGCAGAGGCCGCGAAGAGUCCCCCCGCUGCAGAGCCUCCGGAAGGAGAGGGAGGCGAGGCGACCGUAGGAGAGAAAUCGCAACCGGCGGCUGAAGAGUCACCAGCAUUAGAAGGAGCGGACCAGGAGUCCCUGGCGGAGGGGCAACCGGAGCACGCAACCUCGAGCGAAGGUCCAGGAGAAGCGGAGGCACCGAAGGAUGGGGAGGAGGAGGACAAGAGGGCUCCGUCGGAGAUUUCCUCUCUGGAGAAACUGGAAGAACAGAGCGGGGCGCCGGAGGUUGCCUCCAGGUUGUCGCUCCUCCGCGACUUGCCCACCAGCGUCUCCUUCGACGAGGGCGAGCUGCCGGAGCCGUCUCCGUUGCAGGUUGGCGUGGAACUGGGCCAGAGGCUCAGCCGCACACUCUGGGAGUUGGAGCAGAGGCACGCAAGCAGCCGCUCCCUAGAUGUCAGCGCCAGCCCGGAGAGCGAGCUGGGCGCGGUGGAAGGAGAGACGGAGGAGCAGAGGGAGCAGCGCGUGGCCGAGGAACAGCGGCAGCGAACCGAGCUCAUUGAACAGUACCGGCAGCUGCUGGCCGAGCGAGGCCGCCUCCGCAGCUACAACACCAAGCUGCAGGGCAAACUGGCCGAGCUCUUGAACAAAGCUAAGGGCAAGGAUCGCGUCCGAGAACUAGAGCAGCACAUCUCGGACUGGGAGCAACGCUACAGCCGCUACCUGGCUAUGUUAGAGAAGUUGCGCAACCAGCAGGCGGAGGAGACGGCUUGGUACCAGAAGGAGAUCGAUGCUCUCCAGCGGUCCUGCGAUCAGAAACUGGCCAAAGUGGAGAGUGAAUGGAAGACCUAUCAGGCGGUCAAGAAGGAAGUAGCUGUAUAUACUAUGGGGAGGCGGCUGGGAGGUAAACAAGCUGCCAUCAAGGAAGUGGACAAGAUCCAAGCUAAAGAACAAAGCAAGGAAAGGGAGAUGACAGAGGUCCGUCUUGAAAAUAUAAAAUUGAAACACAGGAUCCAAAAAAUUGAUGCAAGUCUAAAAGCCCAAGAAGAACUGGCAGAAGGCUUACAUUUAAUAGACUUUGAGCAACUGAAGAUAGAAAACCAGACCUACAAUGAAAAAAUUGAAGAGCGUAAUGAAGAACUUCAGAAACUCCGGAGAAAGGUCACCAAUACAGUGCAAGUACUGUCUCAAGUAAAAGAAAAACUGCAAUUUGUGGAAGCAGAGAAUCAAGGCCAGAAGGCUCAGCUAAUGGCAGUGGAGAGUCUAGGAGCCCAAAACAGAGACAUAUUGACAAGGACAAAGCAGGCUCGUGAUAAAUUGAGAAUAGACAAUCAGAGGCUUCAACAGAAAUGCGGUUUACUUGGAAAUACAUUGUUAUUGAGAGACUUUGAGGAGAAAGUGGAUGCUGCUGAGAUACUGAAAGAGAAAUUGGAAAUAUUGAAGCGUAAUCAUGCUGGAUUGUCCCUUACUUGCAAUGGAAUCAAAAAGAAAAUCAAAGGGGCAAAAUCUUUUCUGCCAUUCUAAAUAUCUUUAAUGGUAAACAGGUCAAAGUAAUAAGUAAAAAAAAAAUUAAAACAUUUGUGUCUUUAAAUUAAGGUGUGGUUAGGAGACAAUUGGGCCUCAAAUUCAAAUAGCCAUGAGUGCUUAUAUAAACAGAAAGAAAGGAUAUCACUUUAAUAAUAAUUUCAUAAAUACCCUGUUA